GUGAUCGCUGCCCGGCGUCUCCUUCGCUCCGCUGGAUGUUUGCGCAGAGGACAGCUGCCUCCUCCGGUCACUGAACCGAUCUCCGCACCGGCCCCCGCGGCACGAUCCAGGCGCGUUUCCAUCUCGUAACUUUUGAGACGUGUGACGUGUCAAUCUUUUUCCCCAUUCUUCUUUUGUUUUGUGCACCUGUUUCAAGAUUCUAUCGGAUGAGAAGACCCGAUAAAUCCUGGCGGUUGACUUUCUAUUUUGGUCUUGAUGGAACGCUUAUUUGUGACAGAUCUGGAAAGUUGCGCUGCGCCAGGGAGCAUGGGCGCAAACUUUAAAAGCUUUUAAUAAUCAAGAGACAGUUUUAGAAUGAAGGCAGGUGAGUCAACCCCAGCGUGAGAGGCGCGCAGAGCUCAAGAGGCUCUCCAGGUAUUAUUAAGGAAAGGAGCACGGAGGAAGUCGUGAUUUGUGCGGCGGAUUGCGCCACGGAGGACGGAGGGAAGGCACCGAUGAGACAUCAUGGGUCCAUUGCUGUGUGAUGGACGACUGACACACCUCCUCUUUCCUCUCCUCCUCCUCCUGCGGGCUCCCUUGUUGUUCAGCUUUGUUGAACGCACGUGCCCAAACAGCUGCCGAUGUGAAGGGAAAACCGUCCAUUGUGAUUCAGCCGGCUUUUUGGAUGUUCCAGAGAAUGUCACAAUAGGCUGCCAAGGCCUCUCCCUGAGAUACAAUGAACUGCACACCUUGCUACCGUACCAGUUCGCUCACCUCGGCCAGCUUCUUUGGAUAUACUUGGACCACAAUCAGAUUUCAACAGUUGACAGCCGGGCAUUCCAGGGGGUCCGCAGGCUUAAAGAGCUAAUACUGAGCUCUAACAGGAUCAAAUCCCUGCACAAUUCAACAUUUCAUGGAAUUCCCAAUCUUCGCAGUUUGGACUUGUCCUACAAUAAACUGGAAAACCUGCAGCCAGGUCAAUUCCAUGGCUUACGAAAGCUACAAAAUCUUCAUCUACGGUCAAACGGUCUCUCCAACAUCCCAAUUCGAGCAUUCCUGGAGUGCAGAAGCUUGGAGUUUUUAGAUCUGGGCUACAAUCGAAUCAAGGCUCUUACUCGCACUACCUUUUUGGGGCUGCAGAAGCUGAUGGAGUUGCAUCUUGAACACAACCAGUUCUCACGAAUCAACUUUUUUUUGUUUCCUCGUUUGGCCAAUCUGAGAUCGCUCUACUUGCAGUGGAACCGCAUUAAAGUGGUGAACCAGGGCCUUCCAUGGACAUGGUACACACUGCAAAAGCUUGAUCUGUCUGGGAACGAAAUCCAGACCCUUGAUCCGGCUGUGUUUCACUGCUUACCCAAUCUCCAAGUCCUUAACCUAGAAUCAAACAAGUUGUCCAAUGUGUCUCAGGAGGCCGUGUCAGCGUGGAUCUCACUGACCUCCAUCAGUCUUGCUGGAAACAUGUGGGAUUGUGGGACCGGCAUAUGCCCUCUAGUGGCAUGGCUGAGGCAUUUUCGGGGCACUAAAGACACCACGAUGAUAUGCAGCAGCCCAAAGUUUCUGCAGGGAGAAAAAAUUAUGGAAGCCACUAGGGACCAUGGUAUUUGUGAGGAAACUGAUUACGCUCUGACUGAAACCCCGUCACCCAUGUCAGAGCUCAUUUCUGAGGCCACAGCUGAACCAACCUUUGCCCCUACUAGCGGCUCUCCACCUUUACCACCAACCUAUGGUCCUCUCCCACCCUUCAGACCUCGACCUAUCCCUCACCCGACCUUUCCAGGUCAUUUGAGCAAAGAUCCAAGAGACUCAGUUGCUCGCACCAGACCUACUCACCCACCCCCAGAGAUAGAGCACAUGACGCUGCACAAAGUGGUGGUGGGCAGCGUUGCGCUCUUCUUCAGCAUGUCCUUACUCUUAACAAUUAUCUAUGUGAUGUGGCGACGCUAUCCAGGUGCAACCAGGUUGCUGCAGCAGCGAUCCAUGGUGAGACGGAAGCAUCGCAGAAAGAGUCCAGAGCCUGAGCAGAACCUGAGCACCCAGCUCCAAGAGUAUUACAUGAGCUACAACCCUGCUGCCACACCAGAGGCAUUGGAGGUGCUUGGCAAUGGCACAGGUUCCUGCACUUGCACAAUUUCUGGCUCCAGGGAGUGUGAGCAGAACGAAUAUACGUGUCCACGCCCCCUACCUGGUGCCUGGCUGGGAGAUGUGCCUACCAUCCAUUAACCCCCAAAAGGAACUGCUUCGGAUUGGGUCCAGUGAACGAGGACAUCAAAUACAGAGAACUCAUCGGGAUCCAGCUACCAUGAUUCACAUUCAAGGAUGCAUUUAUAAUGUCUGUCCAUGCUAACAAGGGCAACCACUGACCAAGACAAAAAGGAAAUAACACUGUCUUUUAAUUUUUUCUUAAGAUUUUAUAAAGUCUUGUUUUUGGCCCGUGGUCUUUGGUCAUCAGCUUUGCUGCAUUCCAUCCUGCUUCAUCAGCACAGAGAUACUGACACAUGGUUGUGGAAAUGGAGCCCUGUGGUAAAUAGAGGUUUGGAGGAAGACUCCUAAGCACUAAUGGAUGGUUUUAACUAACAUGGGAGCGCAUUGUAGAGACUUUAAUAGCUUACUGUCUCCGUGAGGACAACAUGGCAUUGUUUUGAACACAGGGAAAAGACUGCACUUAUUCAAGAGGCUUUAAAAAAGUGUAUACUGAGCAAAGAUGAAAAUGCACUGAAUGUAGGGCUUUUGAGUGCUCUGCUAACACAGCUGUGUAUAAUUUAAAGUGGAUUUCCAUUUCUUGAUUUCACAGGAUGCAUCAUGUUAUCAUCUUUCAAUGCUUUUCUUUUUUUUUUUAAGAAAGACUAAUCAAAGGGGUGGGAUUGUGUAAAUGUGCCUCACUGGAGCAGAAAAUUCAUGAAAGGAGUCACUAAGCUCCUGUGCACCCGGCAGUAAUGAGGAAGCCAUCUCAUCAGGUGGAAAUCAAGUCAGCAGCUGGAAGAUUGUUUGAAGCCUGCGAGAAGUUGCCAGAGGAUACAAACUAUCCCCCAGCCAAUGACUCUUGGUGAAAUCGUUUUUUGCUUUGAUUGGUUUGCUUUAGGUUUCUCCCCCCUUAGACUGGCUACACACAAGACAAUUUUCAAAUCAUGGUUGAUUAUAAGCCCGUGAUGGACCACAGACAGAUGUUUUUAACAUUGUAAUCAUCCAAACUCAAACACUAGCCGGACCAUGACACCAUGUUUGUAGAAACAGUUUCAAAGUGGGGAUUCCUGAGCCUAACAGAAACUCGUAAUCAAACGUGACUUCAAAGGAAACCAAAUAUGGGGGAUGAUCAACAUGUGCAACAUCUGGUUGGUGACACUUUUCCAGUCUUCUCAUUGCAGGUAUUCUGUCAGCCCGAUCUGGAAUAUAUAGAUUUGAGAUUGAGCAGUGAACUGUGCUUAUGAGGAUAUAACCAUGUGGUUCACAGUCACACUGAGUGUUGAAUAUUAAAGGUUGAGUAUUCAUGCAAAAGUGCUUUAAGUUUUCAAUAAGCAACGUCUUUAAGUCAUUGCUAGCUACUGAUUGAAGUGCAUGUGUUUUUAAUUAGCUUAAACAGCCACUUGUCUCAGAACUUGUAAUUCUUUCCUUGACUUCUAACAGACUCGAGUCGUGUUCCUUUGAGCACAGAUUCAAUCAUAGGAAAUAGUCACACGGUGCUAGAUCAGGUGAAUUGGGAAGGUGAUCGAGGACUGAUUUGUUUUUUGGGCAAAAACUGCUUUACAGAGAGCUUAGUGUGAGCUGGUACAUUGUCUUGAUAAAGAAGACUCUCAGUUUCUCUCAGUUUUUCUAGAAUCUGUUUGCAAUAAUGUUGAAUCACUGUUUACCCUUCUGGAAUCAACUCCUCCAAAAUGAUACCCUUACUGUAAAAAAACAACAACACGGCCCUGAAUCUAGACUUGUUUUCUCCAUCCUUGGUGAUGAUGGUGUUUUACAAUGCACUGACUGCCGUAUUGGAAAAUCCAACUAAUUAUUGCAUGUAACUCCUUUAAAAAAAUUAGUCCUUCAAUUUGAUCCACUAUGUCUCCAUAAAUUUCCUUUGUUUUUCCAUUUGAGCAGGAGUCAGAAGUUUAGAGACAACUUUAGCACACACUUCUGUCAAGCUCAUAAUUCAUGCAAAAUUUGACGAACUGUCUCUUUAUCAAUGGAGACUAUUUCUGCCAUCACUCCUAAGCUUAGUCACCAAUCAGCUGGAACGGCUUGUUCAAUGUUAUGAAUGUUUUCAGAAUUUUUGAAGUGCAUGGGUGCUCAGAACGUCUUGGACAACGUCUCUGCCAUCACUAAAUCUUUCGUGCCAUUCAAACACAUGUGCACCUGACAUGCACUGUUCCCCGUACGCCUCAGUUCAGUUUUGUCAAGACACACACGAUGUGAGGUUAAAAGUUCUUCUUUAUUAGCAGUUCUUGAUUUGCUAUCGUUGCUGUUAUUCAUGUUUGGUGGUAUGGCUGUUCUGGGAUCCCCCUGCUCUUUCUGAGCCUACAAGGAAAGGCCGAGGCAGAGAGAGAAGCAGCAUUGAACAUAAAGCAGAGCAGGCAUCAAUAACAACAGAAUGACACUGAUUAUGUCAGAUAAAGCAUAAAGGAGGAGCUGGGUUGGAGGAGGGUUGCAAAAAGCAGCUUGAAGAGAGAGCCAGGCUAAAGCAGGUUAAAUAUGGCAGCAUAAGUGCAAUUAGCCAAUAGCGUGCUUAGAGCCAAUCAGCUGGCUGAUGAGGGCUUGCGUGAGAUCAGCUGAUCUUAAAUAUGGCAGCACUCAACUCCGUGGGCUGCCUGAGCUAAGGCUAUACGCUUGAUUUAAUGUAUGCACAGAUUCGGCUGCUGUUUUAUUUAAUUUCACCAAAAAAUUCAAGCUAAUGUGUUGCCCAACUUUUAAGCUAAACAUCUUCUGAUGUCUUGGCAAAAACACAAGUACUUUAAUCAGUAGCUAGCAGUGAACUAAAGAAGUCACAGCAGUUUUGCACGAAUACCCAGCCUUAAAUAUAACACUCGGUGUGACUGUGAACCACGUGGUUUUAUCCUCAUUAGAGCAGUCUCAUUAUUUAAAAGCCAUACCUCGUACUUGAGGAUUAUUUAGUCAAAUAGUUGGUUGCAACAAGCCUUGAACCAUUCCUUCUCCCUGUGAUUAUUAGGUGCGGAGGAUCAGGUCCAAAAUCUGGCCUAAAUCGUCUAGAGUGUAGCCAUUCUAAGUUGAUUCUACUUGCAGGUAAACCUUGGAUAUCUGGUUUGAUUAUGAGGUUUAAGAGAGCGACCAGAAACAAGGGUAAAAGAAGAUGCUCCUUUUUAGGGUAAAAUGUAAUUUUCUGAGAUUAUAAUGUUGUUAAUGUUGUACUUUAUGAAUAUGUGUUCCUGCCAUUUUCAACACCAAAUACAAAAGAGCCAAAUGGAGCCUUUUUUGGCUUUUGGCUCUCCCAAACUUGGAUGUUACAGAUCCAGGAUUUGCUCUCUUAAAAGGAAAUCCUCAGAAAAUAAAAUGAAGCCUCAACCUCCCUCACAUCUAGCAGUGCUCUCUUACUGAAUUGGCUUUUUUUAUUCAUGUGUGUAACGUGUACGUCUUUGUGAAUAAACGGUCUUGCAAGGACAGUCUUUGUAAAGAAGAUCCUGUCUGAAGGAUAACUCUGAGCACUGCUUACAUUAAAUGACUUGUGUUACAAACAUGCUACACUUUCCUUGAAACAAUUCGCCUGUCUCUCCUCAGAGAGACUGCUGUUGUUGCUG